AGGCUCUCAGGAAUUUACCUCUUGUUCAUCUUCUAAUGGCAGGUGCAGUACAUGCUCAUUUGACUCUUCCAUUCCCACCGUUUGAUGUGUGAUCCUUGACGUUGUCAUUGUGGUGGUCGAUAGAGACUGCAGCUCGUCGGAGGUCACAACACCCAGCCACAUGUCCGCCUCCUUAGUCUCCUUAGCGGUGAUUGCUAGCGAUGUUGGAAAUCCUCUCGUGGUCGGCGACUCCGCCGCCCGAGGCUUAUCUUCCUUCGUCUUCCUCUCGACUGGUGGAGGAACAGCUAGUGAGAGUGGUGAUGUCGGAGGAAAGGCAGCCGCUGCUGCAGUCGUCUCCUCGGUCGCCAUUGUGUUCUCGAUCUCUGUCUGCGGCGACUCAAUCACCACCUCUUCCUCUGCCGACUCAACCUCGGCCUCGGUCAACGGCGGCGCUUUGAUUGCCGCCACAGGGACCUCAUCAUCCUACCACUCCUCAUCGUCCUCCCAAUUGAAUGACGCCAGCUGUGCCAAUAAUUGGUCCAUCUUGGCCUUCCACCUUCGCGUAGACUCAGCAAAUCCCUAGUUGAGAGUUCCGAUGAACUCAGAUUCGUGACCAUGGCUCUUAUACCAAUUGUAAGAAACACGCUUCUUCGAGCUUCUUACGGUUAACGUAACUGGAUAGAUAGAAGGGAUUUGGGGUUGAGAAUAGAAAUUAGGGAUUUAGGAGAAGAAAUUAGGGAUUGGGAAAGAACAGAAAGAACGGCCUAAGCCUUUUGGAUGAGAGAGAUAGACGAGAUUGAGAGAGAAUGAGAUUAGGGUUGAGGAAGAUAAUUCUUCUAUUAAUAUUUGCUUAGUGUAAAUGAACGGCCGAAUACAUAUUUAUAGGAAAUAGCGGAAUAAACCUGAUAAUAACCCUAAACUUAACCCCCAAGUUACUAAUAUUCUUAAUAAUUAUCCUACCAUAAAUAAUGAAAGAAUCUCACAUAAGGUGGGUUUCUAACACAACGAUGGAUCUACGAAGGAAGGAGAGUUCCAGAAACGAUGAGUUUCUUCUCUUCGUCGCCUCUUUCUCCUCCUAGCUCGCCUCUUUUUUGUCCCUUACUGGCUUUUAUCCUACCGCCGCCACAACUGGUUUAUUCUCCUCUUGAAUCGAAAAAGAGAAGAUGCUACUAAAACUCAAGGAGAAAAACAAAUCGUAACCAUCAUGCAUGCUUGGAUAUGAAUCAAUACUAACCUCUAACCUCCAUUGUCGGAGUCAUCACCAUCACCGACAUCAAUUACCGCUACUACCUGCCCUCGAUUUCCCUUCUUCAUUUAUGAACCCAUAAAGAUCCAUGUGCUUUGAGCGAGCUCUGCUUUUGUUGGUUGGGUACAGUUGUUGUUUUCUAUAGUGAAAAAUUGGAAAGAAUCAUAAAGUGGGCUGCUGGUUUCAUAUUGGGGUGAGAGGAGGAGGGAGGGGCAGGGGGAGGACAGCGGUGAAGGAGUAGAGAGGAUAGAGAUGAAAGGUAGGGGAAAGGAAGUUUUCCUCAGGUACAGAGGGAGUCAGGGAGAGAAAGGGGAAGUAAAAUAAUGAGAUGGAAAGGGACAGACAGAGGAGUAAAAAGAAGGGUUGCAAAUAUCCGGUAUGGUGUUGAAAACAGAAUCAAACCGUGAUAUAAUUUGGUUCGGUCAAACCGAUCCGAAUUAUAUUUAUGUUUGACUUUGGUUUGAGGUUCAACUAGGGGUGGCUAUUUGGUCUGGGUUAUUUGGUAUUACCCAAAAUUGGACCGUAUAACCAGGACUGAGACCAGAUCGGGACCGGAUAGCAAACAAUCAAAUCCCAUAUUCGGGCUGAGAUUUGAUGUUAAAAAUCGUUCAUGACCGAACAGAAAACCUAAUAAAGACUGGAUAAGAGAGUCCAACACCCAAAACUUAACCAACUAUCACCCUUUCAGACAUUAGGCCACUCAAAUCCCCACAAACUCAAUCUAAAAUAAAUAUCGAAUUGGAAC